AUGACUGAUAAUGGUGACAGUGAAGUGGUGGCUAAAAUGGCACAGAAAGCCUUUGCUUCAUCUUCUAACUACGAGAAUGUUCGUGCCAAUUAUUCUUUCGAGGCAGUAGAGUUUUUCUUGCGCAAACUUGGUGUGAACUGGGACAACCAUGACAAAGCUGCAGAGAACCAAACAGAUCACCCUUUUACUAUCUUGGAGGUCGGUUGUGGCACGGGAAAAUUUACUCGCGUCAUGUUAGAAGUGUUGAAAGACAAGAACGUGAGAGUGAUUGCAAGUGAGCCACUGCAAAGCAUGUGUGAGCAGUUAAAACUUAUGGUGCCUGAUACGGAAAUUAUCCAAUGCCCCGCUGAGAAUAUACGUAAGCUGCUUGAAACUCUGUGCUUUGUAAAUGUUCAUUUAGUACUUCACCAAUACAAUACCUUAGAUGUCAUCAUUUGAUCUCUUGCGAAUUGCCUGCCACCUUCAAUUUUUUGAUACUAAAGCCCUUGCAAGGCUAUCGCUAUUAUUGACUAUUUUCCAAUUCCCCAUAAUACACUCUGUCUGCCCCCCAAAUUUUGCAUAACUUAUUGUCUUAAAAUGCUCUUGGGAAAAUGCAAUACUCCCAGGAGCAUUUAAAAACAAUGGUUUAUGCAAAAUUUGGGGGGCAAACAGAGUGUAUUAUGGGGAAUUGGAAAAUAGAGAAUGUGUAAUAUUAUUAGGCUUAAAGAAUUUCUUUUUGUUCUAUUUCUUUUUUGUUUCCAAUAAAAAGAGCCGUGCUUAUAGAAGGCGGAGAUCCCAGCCCUGCCGGGAAGAAAACAGAGAACUGACAUCAUGUAUGAAAGACACUUUGUUACCUGAUGCAUGUGGGACCAUCAAAAGAGGAGGAGAAGUGAAUGAAAAGGAGGGGGGAAUGGAAAAAGAAAAUGGGCUUUUCCCUUUUUUUCUUUUCUCUUAUUUGCCAUUUGCACAUCUCCCAUUAUAAACCUUGUUUGCCCCCCAAGAUUUUGCAUAAGCAGUGUCUUUUAUUUCUCUUGGGAGGACUGUAAUACCCACCCUAAAGUACAAGAACCUAUUUUGCCAGACUGCAAUUAAAACAUGUAAGUAUAUUACUGUUGAUUACCUUCACCUUCCCUUCUCCAUCUCUCUCUCUCUCUCUCUUUCUCUCUUUGUGGUCCUUAUUUAAGCAAGCUCUUCGGGCGUGCUCUGACAGCGGGAGCGGGAAAAGGAAAGAGUCUUGCAACUACAGGUGUACAUCUCAGGAAUUUGAAUAUCUGCAUCAAAAAAGUUGAUUCAAAAUGUUGAUUGGUGGAGAUGACAUUAAGAAUGGCGUCACUACCCUUGGCACUUGCCUUUACAUGUUUUUCAAUGUAUGUUUACAUGUGCACUUGUUUCCACUUCGUGCUGAUUGGUGGAAAUCUGACAGCUCAGUCGACGGGGAGCCAUAGGGGAAUUGGACGCAGAAUUCAAAUUCCAGAGAUGUAGUUGCAAGCUCACCUCUCCUUUUCCUGCCCCACCACCAGAGUGCCCCAGAGAGCUUGAUUGCAGGCUAACCAAUCAAUGUGGGCCUUUACAAGUUAACACAGGGUUUGCACAGUUUUUUUUUUUGUAGAAAAGUCCUCAAAUGUCUGUGCCAGUCCUUGAAAAGUUGUUAAGAAAGUUCUUAACUUUGAAUGUAUUGGCUUGAAAAGUGUGUUUUAAAGCUUUUUGGUUGUCCAAGGCAGAAUAUAAAUCAUAGCUAUGUGAAGUUAAAGCUGAUUUAAAUAAAGUAUUUUUUGUUUUAUGCAGUAAGUAACUAUCAAUGAUAUUUAAGAUAAGUGAACUGAAAAAUUUAGAGCAGUUGGUGGAGCAAACAGUUCAACUGAACUGGGAAUGUGCAUUUUUUUUAAAGUUAUCUCUGAAAAUAUGUUCCUGGUAGGUGGUCCUUGGAAAGUCCUUAAAAAAUGGUUGCAUUUUUUUGCAUGAAACAUGUAAAUCAUCUUUUGCUAAGAUGACAAAGACGAUAAUGUUUGAUGGUGAGCAACAAGUUUAUAUGUUGAUUUCUAAGUUAUCCUUCUUUCUUUUUUUUUUUCAGCCCUUCCUGAUGCAAGUGUGGAUGUAGUGAUUGCUGCUCAAAGUUUCCACUGGUUUACCAACCGAGCUGCUCUCAAAGAAUUCCACCGUGUUCUGACUCCAAGAGGCUCAUUUGGCAUGGUUUGGGUUGUACUUGAUGACAUGGCCGCCAUAUGGUUGAAAGAGAUAAAAAAUUUUCUUCGUAUUUUAGAUGAGAACUAUAAUCUGGUUUUUCCUUUCAUGCAAGGGUGGAGAAAAGUGUUCACUGAUCUCUCACAAGGCUUAUUUAGCAACCCAGAGGAAUGUAUAGACUUCAAAUAUUCUAGAACAAGUUCUUUUGAUCAUGCUUUCAAGAUGUUCUCAUCUUUUUCUCAGUUAGCAGGUGGGAGUGAAAAAGUUAAGAAUGAUUUCCAUGAUCUGUUCAAUGAUGUAACUAAAAGGCAUUUUAAAGAUAAGGGAAUUCCUUUAGAAACUAUUCAAUUUAAGUUUUACAUGUACUGGUGUACUAAGACAAAUUAA